AUCUUUGAUUUCUGCCUGCGUUGCGUGUAUUGAUUGAUGAAAUUUCCUGAACGUCCAGUUCGUCCAGUUGUAGGUUGUGGAAAUAUUUUGCAUUUGAGACUGCGGAGAGGAAACUUAUACUCUAGAUCAGUCUUUUACGUAGCAGCAAAGGUUGUUGGUUACGUAUAAGAGUGCAGGUGGAACCACGUUGUUUGUAGUGUGGUAUAUAAGCGGUGUCUGUAGCGUGGUUCUUCGUGGCCUUUGUUUGCAACUUAAAUUUGAAGAUAAUUCAAGGAGCAUUGAAAAUGGUGCAUGAAAAUGAGGCUGUGCCUCCCUCUGUUAUGUGGGCUCAGAGGAAUAACAUAAUUUUUCUUACAAUUUGUCUUGAAGAUUGCAAGAACCCCGAAAUCAAAAUAGACAGCGAUAAAGUGUAUUUUCAUGGAGUUGGAGGGACAGAAAAGAAGGACCACGAAAUAACAAUACCACUUUUCAAAGAAAUCGACCCAGAGAAAUCAGUAAAAUGUAUUCGUGAUCGUAAUAUUGAGCUUGUCCUGAAGAAGAAAGAGGAAGAUGGACCAUAUUGGCCUCAUCUGAUGAAAGAUAAGAAGAAAUAUCAUUGGCUGAAGGUGGAUUUCAAUAAAUGGAAGGACGAGGAUGAUAGUGAGGAUGAUGUUGGCCAGUCAGAAGACCUUGAAGAGAUGAUGAGGCAGAUGGGUGGCUUGGGAGGUGGCGGCGGUGAUAGCAAGCCAAGUUUUGACGACCUUGAGCCAGAGUCUGAUUCCGACGAUGAGGAACUUCCUGACUUGGAGUGAUGGCCUGAUAUGCAAACAGAACGAAGCAAAGUCAUCAAUAUUUUUCCUCAUCAUUGCUAUUUAAAGCCUGAGAUGGGAAAAUGGACCAUGAAAGUUUAACUAAACCCAUUAACAGGCCUGUUGUUCAGCUGUAAUUGUUCGUUAAUAACAGAUUGGAUAUCUUCUUGAUGCAGUUCAGACCACUUAAUACCUUCUUCACGUGUGGCAUUGCAAGAAGCAUAUAAGACUUGAAAUACAUUGCAGUAUGGAAUAUGAAUACCUUGCAAGUGCAGGCAACUUCAGUGCAGGCAUUAGCCAAAAACGACAAUUAAUGGGGUAGAAAUUUCAAAACAGAUUGUAUGUAUUAUUGUUUUGUUAAAUUCAAGGACUCUUUACCAAAUGUUUUUUUGUCUCAGUGCCCCAGUUGAAUGCCGUUAUCUCAUCGUAGAAUAUUUUUAGAACUCGUGUUCCAUAAAUACAUUACAAAAUUAUCUUCGUUCCAGUGGCAGUUUAUUGCUAAUGUUUUAAUUACCACCAUUCAUGUUUUCAUUUCCUUGCAGUGUUUUGCAUUCCCAACAUUUUUUAUUACCAUUGCCCAGAGUGGUUCUACUUUCAAUGAUGAUGCAGUAACUUUUGGUUGAUCCUGUCUUUGGAGCAGCUGUUCUUAUUAAGAGCAGAGUUUUGUCAUCACUGUAUGAGCCUCUGCCAUAUUAACAGUGCUCAAUUGAACUGUAUCCCACACACCCACAGAGAUGAUUAACCAGAAGACAGCUUAUCGAGGCAGUUCCGUGAAAACAGAUGCCAGCUUGUUUUCAUACUUAUGUGUUCUCAUUUGUCAUGCAAAUGUAAAAUAUUAUUUCACUCCUUUUUAUGUUCAGGGAAUGUAAUCAUUGUUAAAUAAAUUUCUAAGUAGAGGUGAAGGUGCAUUCCUUAAAUGACCGUAAAUCGAGAUAUAGAGCGAAGUAUGGUCAUGCUCCAUGAUAUGAGAAUCUCAUCCGAUUCAUGCAGCAGAACUUCCAUAUAUGUAAUUUUUAGUGUCGUCAUAAACUACCAUAUGUUUACAUAAAUUACACACUGACAAUUAUUUCAAAUAGUUUCAGCCUGAUGCCAAGUAUAGGGUGUUCAAUCAAGGAGGUAACUUUGUAACACUGUUGACUGGGUCCAAUAUUCCUCACAGAUUGCUGCUGUAACUGUAACUGUAAGGGUAUGGCCUGAGUGCAGCGGGUCGUGGAGUGUACAGGUCAAACCAGUUUGUGUUUCAGUAGCGUUUCGAAGGUUUCUUUUGAGGAUAUAAACGCUGAAUGCUAGAGGUGCACUGAGGACACAGCAGCGGCCCGCUGCUGUCCCUGCCAUAAAGUUGCCCACGCCCCGCCGCACUCAGGCCAUACCCUAAAGGCGUGUGUUUAUCAGUGCUAAUGACUCAUUCUGCUAUCAGCAGUUACAGUAGCAAUCUGAGGAAUGUUGGGCUGGGUCAGCGGUGUUGCAAAGUUUCCUCAACUGAAUGCUGUGUACUAUUUAAUAGAUGUGAUAAAAUUCAGCAUGUGGCAGGAAGGUGCCUAUAAGUCAGAGAACCACGUGCAAAAUGGUUGUGACAUACUUUUCUGCAGACUGAUAGUAUACCUUAAACAGAAAAGCUUCUGAUUUAGCCAGGCUGUGCUCUGCAUGACUGAAUUAAAGCGACACUCCGCUAAUUUUAAAACAUUUCAUACAAGAAUACAGAGCACCAUGAAAUAUUACGAGGCAAAAAGUUUGAUAACUUGUCACCGAAGAUCUUUUGAGCCCUGUAAAUAACAGAACUGUUUGAAAAUUAACAUAAAAUGGGUUAUACUAAGAAGGCAAAACUUCUCUGCAAACAAAUAAUUUACAGCCUUAAUAUGUUGACUUUAUUGAUACCAACAGCUUGCAGCAUGGAUACAAACAAGAAAAAUGGGGGAAAAAUUAUUUUUACUUUAAAGCAUGUAAGAAGUGACAUAUUUAUAACAUAGAUCAGUCUUUGCGGAGGUUUCCUUUAUAUUUUUUCUUAAAACAUUAUGCAUACUCAUACAUUCAAUCCCCACCAAAAAAAAAUGAACCACACAGAGCACUUGCCCUACUAAGUAUAACUGCUCUUACAAAAUAAGAACCCUGACACCAAUUGAAGAGAUCAUCAGCACCCAAAGUUGCUGUGUUUGAAAAGAUGGGUACAUUGUGGGCACCAUAAUUCUGCACCCCAAGAUACAGAACCAUUAAAAAAUACUGCACCUUUUCAUCAGACACCAUUAUGCUCAGGCAAUAUCCUAGCAUAUUUUAAUCAAAAUAAAUUAUAGCUGAUAUAUGUCUAAAAACAACAGAAACUUGUGUUAUAUUAAUUAGGCUGUUUAUUAGCACUACUACUCAACAUGUUUGAAAGGAGAUUCUUCCUCUCUUUUGAAUAUUUGUUACCACUUUGUUUAAAUGAAUUUGGAUAGCUCUGUCAGUAUAAUAAAAAGCUACGAAUGGA